GGGGGGGAACCGAGCCAGACAGUGACGAUCCGAUCCCCCCUUCACUCAUCAGCUGUCUGUCACACCAGCACGCCGCGACGCCGACGCGCAGCCAUCCGCCGCGCGGUGACACCUGGCCGGGAUGGAGGGGGAGAUGCAGCCCGCGGACGAAGGGCCGUGCGCCUCGAAGAUGUGCCGCCAGCAGCGGGGUCCCUACAGCACCCUGAAGCCCUUCCAGAGCGGCAAGCGCUCCGCGGGCAAGUCGCGCUUCGACUGGUCCGCCGUGGUGGAGGUUCCGCUGCUCGGCGACCAGCAGCAGUUCACUUUCCAUCCCGAGCAGCCGCAUCACUUCCAGCCGCUCCAUCAGCACCAGCAGCGCCUGCAGCUGCUCCAGCAGACCAGCGUCGCGAUCAGCAGCAGCCAGCAGCAGCUCCACCACCACCAGGCGCCCCGGCAUCGGCUCCCCAGUGAGGCCCGGCCCAGCAGCAGGGUCCCGACUUCCACCUCAGCGGCGGCGGCGGCGUCCGCCGGUACCGGUCCCGGUACCCAGCCCGGCGGCGGAGCGGAGCCCCGGUUAUCCCCAGACUGCACUUACGGGAUCAGCACAGAAAACCGCUUCAUCUUGGAUGCCUUUGCUCAGCAGUGCAGUCGAGUCCUCAGCCUCCUCAACAAUGGCCGCCUCCUGGAGCCCCCCUCCUCCUCAUUUACCUCCAGCAUCAAGCUGGAAGACGGGCCGGGGGACUCUCAGGGUCCCCAGUGCUCGUCGCUGGGGAAGUCCAAAUCUGAGGAGAGCUCCUCCACCACGGACGCCGAGGAGGAGGCGCCGCCGCAAAGCCAUCUCAACCAACAGCAGACCUCUGCCGUUCUCCGCAUCUUCACAGACUCUCUACAGAACUACCUGCUCUCAGGGCCGCGCAGGCGGCAGCAGCAGCGUCUGGACGACGAGCAGUGUCCGGCAGCGGAGCCGGGCUCGGGCCUUUCCCCCCCACGACACAGCCUGGGGGGCUGGGGCUCCCCGACCCCGUCCGAGUCCUACGGCCACCCGUCGUCCACGCUGCCCGAGGAGGAGGAGGAGGAGGAGGAAGAGGAGAGCUGCUGCCCUCGCUGCCUGGAGCUGGAGCAGGAGGUGCUGUCUCUGCAGCAGGAAAACGAGGAGCUGCGCAAUAAGCUGGAGAAUAUCCCAGUUCCCUGUCAAAAUGUUCUUGACUACUUCAAGACUGUUCUUGAGUUUCACAACCAGCUGGUCCAGCCUCUACCAGAGGAGCCGCUCACCGAGGAAGAAGAACGGCAGACCGUGUUUGAGGGCAGCAAGCAGCUCCUGGAGAACUACCCCCUCUUCAUCACCAACAAGCAGUGGGACGAGGCCGUCAACUCCUCCAAGAAGGACGGCAGGCGGCUGCUGCGCUACCUGAUCCGCUACGUCUUCACCACAGACGAGCUCAAGUUCUCCUGCGGUCUGGGCAAAAGGAAGCGUUCCGUCCACUCAGGAGACCCGGGCCUGGAGAGACGACCUCUCAACCCCGUCAAAGUCAGCUGCCUCAGAGAGUUUAUCCGGAUGCACUGUGCCUCAAACCCGGACUGGUGGAUGCCUUCGGAGGAGCAGAUCAACAAAGUGUUCAGCGACGCGGUGGGCCACGCCCGCCAGGGCCGGGCGGUGGGCACCUUCCUGAGCAGCAGCGGCAGCAGCACCAGCAGCCUCUACACGGACGCCUUCGAGUGGCAGCUGUCGCAGGACGAACUGUCUCUGAAGGGCUGCCAGAACGGCCAGUCGGAUUGAAGAGGGACGGAAAAUAAACAAACCCACUGUUAAAUGCUUGAAAUGUAGCUGUACAACAACAUAUCCCAAAACGCAGACCUUAUCCUGUCACUUUACACAGUGAAGAAAACAUUCCAGAGGUUUAUCACAGAAGUAUACCGACAGUCCUCUUUUUCUGAUAGUUUUAUAGCUUUUAUUGCCAUUUUUAUACCUGAAGUUUAGUCUGUUCAGAAGUUUGACUCUUUAAAUUUUCCAGUUUGAGUCUUCCAUAAGCUCCUCUUUCUGUGGUUUCAUGCUGUGUCACUACAUCUGACGGUUGUUUUGUGUUUCCAUCAUCGGGGAAAUGGUUUGAUUUAAUGGCCACAAUCACAGACUUCCGUCCAUCUCUGCCUCUGCACGCGUUCCUUCUGGAAAGUAGCACUUAGAUGUUUUGUUUUUCGUCACUGCCGAAGCACCUUUUCUUCUACAGGAGUGCCUCUGAGGAGAGUUCUGUUCACGUUAGCUCUGCACGUUCAGUCGUUUUCAAUCAGUUCUGAUGUGCCCUGUUUUAUAUCUCACUUUAGGUAAAAAAAAAAAAAAAAAGAAAGUUUGAUGAAAUUAAGCUCACGUCCAGCUUCUUUUGUCCAAUUCCCAAAGUAUUUGUGUGGAAAUAAUCACUUUAAAAGAGGCACACAAGCAUCUGCGCCAUGUUUUGAACUAAUUGCUGUUUAAUUUGCAGCACAACAACUUUUCCUCGUCUUUAUCUGUGACAUAUCAACUGUUAAAUAAUUGUCUGUAAUUCACAUGAAGACUGUGGCAGCAUUCUAAUGCAGAUUCUAUAUAAUUAAAUUAUUGUUCACACUUGCACUCGACUGUGGAGGUGCCAGAAAAAUAAGAAAACUUUUAAGAAAAUCCCGAAGCUCUCAAUAAUCAUUUUGAUGUCAGCGUGUAUCAAAGCUUCCAGUUCAAGGUAGCUCCCAUAUGAAAAUGCCUUAAGUCUGUUAGAAAACCAACAAAAAGUGUUUCUGCCUCAAACUAAAGUUCUUAUGUAUAAAUUCUUAUCUGGAUGGCUAAAAGAAACAAGAGCAUUUCUCCCUUUCUGGACUCUUAUUUGCACUUUCAGGCGUCUCACUGCAGCGAGAUGCUCCUGAGCCGAGUUUAAUCAUUUCUGUCGUUCAGCUUUUUGUUUGAAUCGUCGCUCAGUAUUUCCGCUCCGUCGCCCUGUUUCCUGCGUUUGAAUGUACCACACCGCCACGUCGACAGUGCUGUGUAAAUGUGUAAUAUAAAGUACAGUUAUCGUGCGAGGUGUCUCCCUCUUUAAGAAGCCAAGUAGAGAAGUGCCACAGAAACCUUAAAGCAGUCGGAUUCUGUCGUUGUGUUGCUGUUCUGAAUGUGAGCGUUGGUUUGUAUUUACUCCUUUACCCUCAAAAGUGGCUGUUAUCAACACUGUGAAGCAUCAGUCGGAUUUUUACGGAUAUAACGGUUUCUGUUUUUUUUUUUUUUUUAAUUUAUGUUGAAUAAAAUAAGCACUGAAGAUGAA